AUGGCGACCGCCAUUCACCAACCAAUAGAGGCAACCGCAACGUCUGGCUUUGCAAGUUCGUGGAGGGUACUCUGGGCCUUCCUAAUCGGCCUACUGGCGACGGCCAUCUUCUUUCGCUCCCUCUUACCGCGUCUUCCACGCGUCCUCUUCCGCGGCAAACUACGUAUCAGGAGAGUAGGCAUUCGCGGUAUUCGUGGCAUCGAGUAUCGCUCCAAGGGCUUCCACAACGACUCGGCCGCCUUCUCAAGGAAUGGAAAUCAGCUCGAAGUCAAGAUUCAGCGAGUCUAUGCCUCCUAUCACCUUCCGUAUUUCCUCUGCAAGGAGAAAGAUCAGCCAUGCGUAGUACCUCGAAAAAGUGGUGCCAUCAUCACCAUUCACGUUCAAGGCGUAGGUGUUCGUCUUCCUAGAUCUCAACAGGAUGGCGACAAGUCCCAGGGAGCGGCCUCAACCUGCACCGCCAAUCAAGAUACCUCUUCCAACAACUUGACAUUGGAGCAACAGGAGGAGCUUAGACUGCAAGAACUGAUGAGCAGCCCUUCCAUGUCCCCCAGCGCGGAGAACAGGCCCCUCUUUCCCAACGCACUGGGCUCACAACCAUCACCGUUCGUCGCAUCUCCUAGACCGAUCGAGAGCAUCCAACGAGCCCAGUCCGACUUGCAACAACAUCAUGACAAGUCGGGAAUCUAUCGCACCUGCCACCAAGCUGGCCUCACGUCUCUCUACUCGGCACUCAGUCUCGCAAAAUGGAUUCGUGGCUCUGCCAUUCCAGCACUGCAAGCCUUUCUCCUUCGAGCCUUCCGAGCUGCCCUCUUCAUCCUCACAUCCAGUUUGCCCGUUCUCACAUCACUUGUGUCGGUCGAGAUCGAUCGAAUCGAAAUCUACGUCCAAGAAGCAGAAGCAGUCGCUCGUAUCGGAAGAGCCGGUGUCACCUUCGCCAUGUCGCCUGACGCGCUUCCUUCUCACGAGCGUCUUGCUAAAACACGGCAGAAAGGCCAAGAUGAGGAUCAAGCCUCCAAUUACUUCCGAGCGCCAACAUGGAGUCAGUUCUUCGAUGCGAUGCGCAUGAUGCCAACCAGGAUGGGCUCCGGUGCCCGUGGUGCAGCAAGCUACCUGGUUGCUGGCAUGUCUCCCAGUAACGUCACAGCACAUCUUCGCGUUGACAGUAUCGACGUGUUUGAGGCAACCUUCAAGCCAGACGCCAAGCUGAAACGCGCCUUCGAACACGGAUCGCGGCAAAGCAGCGUCGCGCCUUCUUCACGACCAGCGACGCCGCUUUCAUCGCAUCCGCGUGCAGAUCGAGAUAUUCUAUCUCCUACUCAGUCAGAAAUCGACCUGGACGCGGCUCACCAUCAAUCCUCCACUUUUGACGAGAGCUUCGAGUGGUCGUCUCGCCCAACACGCCCAAAGUGUCAACGAAGCAACAGUGCAUCUCGCCUCUCCAAGAUGUCUGUGGGCUCAUUGCGUGGCUUUGCCGACCGCUGGGCCGACUGGGCUCUCGAGCCAUUGGUUGAGUCCGACUUUCGCGCUGAUUCUGGCUGGACACGCCGUUACCUAGACGACGGCUAUUGGCCACAACAGUUGCAGACCAUCCCAGCAAGCGCAAGAAUUGUUUCGGUCAGCGGCGUUACUGAGCUGACAGCGAGUCUGCUCAUUGGGUCCAGCUUUGCUCUCGGAGGUGAUAGUACCUUGGCCACCAAGCUGGUUCUCGGAAGCACCACGCUUGGACUCGAUGCGGCGCAUCGCAUCAUGUGUAUCUUGGAGGAGCGCAAAGCGAGGAGAAGCGGAUGGGCGCCGACGCAGCGUGGAAGCACCGAGAACCAGCGCUCUGUUCUGUCAAAGCAUCUCAUUCAGCAAAAGCCCUCUGCCUUGGCUGAUGCGCUCCGGAUGGUAUCUUCGCUUUCUCUCUCAUUGCCUUCCGUACGCGUGAGGACCACCUCGGACGCCGUCUUGUCGGCUGCGUCCUCCUGCAACACAGAGGCAGAAGAGGCCGAGACAGCUGGUCCGACCCAAGCACCACUUCCAUCGAGAGAGUUGGCCGUCGCUCUGUCCGGCUUUCACUUCGAGCUCCAGCACAGCGAUCCCAAGGAUGAUCUCCAUCGUCGUUGGCUUGGCACGUGCGGCCUUUCAAAGAAAAGUAUCAAGAGCAAUCGCAAGAGAGAUGAAAGUGAUCGCAAACCACGUCCUCGCUCAUGGCACAGUGACAAAGCUGUGGAGCAUCGCCGCACUUUCCUUGCCGAGUCGAGCUUCGCCAGCUUCGAUGUCCGUUGCCGCUCCCCCAAUGCGAACAAAGGUUCCCGUCUGCUCUUCGUCGGCGACUUUUCGCUUGUUGCCCGGUCUUCUUGGACACCCUUCGGCCUCUUCCCGAACUGCCCUGACAUGACGCGUCUCCUCCUGGCUGGCGACCCCAACGAGCACGCUGCUUUCCUUGAGGCUUCCAUCGGUGGUGUUGAGACAGACGUCUCGAUGCAAGACCUCUCUGCAUUGCUACCGAUAACGAACGAGUUCAGCCGCAGAAGAAGGAAGAAGAGACAGAAUGUUGGCAUUGACGAGCCACCGCGACCCAAGACGGACCUCGAGCGUCUCCGCCGUCUGCCAAGGGUUUCAGCUGGUUUCCACAUCCAGCGGAUCUCUCUCCUUUUGGAUGCUAGCCGUGAUAGAAGCGACGAUGUCACCAACUGCAAGCAGCAAGGCAACCCUAGCAGCACGACCGGCCCGAGCCCCAGAAAGUUGACACUGUCCGUACCGAAUGUCGACUUUGUCUUCUUCGGCGAGUAUCGGGACGAGUACGUGAAGCGUCCUUUAGCUGAAAAGAGAGCCGCCUACAAGGCGCUGAGGGACGACAACCUCGAGUGGCCCAUUAGCGGCAAAGAUCUUUGCUGUGGUGCAGCACGACAAAUGAAUGCGCUGGAUCAGAUUCACGCUCAACAAUUCUCUACGGACAGUGCUAUCGCUCCAGGUGAAGUUGACUCUGCGAAUCAGUCACGCAGGUCGGCAGCAUCCCCGCAACGAUACACUGAAUCUCGUCUAAGCAUCGAGGAGACGAUCAAACGCGCGCAAGAACUCGAGCAGACGCAUGACGCCGAUGUCGAGAGGCCCGUUAUCACCGCAAAACGUCCAUCCAUCCGUGAAACAAUGUCCAAAACGGGAAAGGUGCGACUGCCCGGCUACACACGCAAAUCUUCAAUGGCAGCCGAGACUUGCUUCAGCAUUCGCUAUCAGUUCGAGACCCACUUCCGCGUCGAUGCAGUCGAGUCUUUCCUUUCCCUCAGCUCUUGCCCGAAAGACUCGACCAGGUGCUUCCUCCGAAGUCCAACAACCGAGAGCAAUCCGAGCGUUGGUUACUCACAGCACCAUUUGCUUGCGAUGCACAGCUUCGAAGUGAAUGGGUCAGGUCGUAUCCCCGGCAACGUCGAGCCUCGAAGUUCCGCGCUGUGCGACGACGUGCCACGCCUUUCUGCGUCGGACACUGUUGCCGAGUUCAGAGCCAGCAUCGAAGACAUCGACAUCGAAGCAUGGCAACCUUGCGCUCUCGACACGUACACCGACAUUGCACUCGCCGUUUUCCAGGCCAAAGAAGCCCAUACCGCUCAGAGCGACGAUGCGUCAACCAAAAGCGUCGAAGAUGAGCCAAAAUCGGAUGUCAGCAGGGACGACAGUGAGGAUGGCCAAGCUGCACUGGAGCCAAAGACGCUAGUCAAGCGUCUUCCUGGAGGUCUCUCAGUCUAUCUGUCCAUCGGUCAUACGAUCGCGCAUCUCGGCGGGCCAGAUCGCCGCAUCGAGGACCAGAUUGCUCGCGGUGUCGGUUUCGAAGCCGAGCGCAUCGUUCUUGAGUAUGCUGGCGUCACAGACACCAAGACGAACGCUCUGCCGCUGAAGACCAACUGGGGCGCGCGUACCGCUCUGGAGCUGACUGAGGAUGUACAACUGCAGGCAGCUACGCUUGCCACGAGACAUGGUCGGGUUGGUCUCGCGCGCGUCGCAAUGCAUCAAGCUGGCUUCUUUCCGAUCCUCGAUGCGACACUGGCCACCCAGCAGCACACUGAAGGCACUGCUCCCGAGACUUUCGCCCACGCGAAGGCACCUCAUGGCGAGGUGUGGCCCAAGGGCGCCGCCGAGGAAGACGAGUCUCUUGAUCGUCCAGCUACCUCCCUGCUCGCCGACAGCGUAUGGACGUUCAACAAGGAAGACGACUGCGUCCACAAAUCGAAACAGCAUCGUCCGCGCUUCCGACAGCAAGACCGAAGCAACUUUAUCUUCUUCAUGCCUUACGCUGCCUUCAAAACCGUGGUGCGACCCCCACAAGCGGAGAAGAAGACAGGUGUGGCCGGUCCAUCUGAGGACGAAGUGUUCAUCACUUCCGAGGGUACCAAUCUUCUCGCCUUCAAGAUUGACCUUCUUCACACCUACUGCAUCCUCUUGGCUUUCUCGACCUUCAAAAACCUGGCUCAGCGGGCGAGAGGCGGCUUUCCAGCUUCUAAAAACAAGCCGUCUAGCUCGACAAAUCACGUCCAGCCGAUUCCGAAGUAUCCCCGUCCCAGCGUGUCGUGCCGCUUCGACAUCAAAGAGGUGCACACAUUCGUGACGUUGCCCAAGUCAGUGCGUGUCUUCGUGCGUAUCCGUAGACUAGAGGUGCGAAGCAGCCCGAAGGACGGUCUGUCCGUCUCCACCGAGACCAUCAUGGGUGCCGUGGAAAGUCCCAAGCAAGGCAAGGGCGAUCUCUGGGAAGAGGCGGUGCGAUUGCGCGAUUGGAAGGUCACUUUGCUGCCCAAGGCUAAAGACAAGAAGCGUCAGAUCGAUGUCAAUGGCGAUGCUGGUCUGAUCCGCAUCCCAUAUGGCUACGCUGUCAACCCGAUCAUCGACAACACCUCUGUCGCCAUCAAGGCCACAAAGCAAGUGGUGCACCAAUUCCUCUCGGGCCGGGAAGACUCGGUCAUCGUGCCAGAAGCAGAGGAUUUUAAGCUGCUGCCCAACAUCAGCAUCACUCUCCGAGUCUUGACACUGGAAGCAGAAGACGAUCCCUUCGAAACCAAGCUCAAUCUGAUCUGGCGAGCAGGUCUGGCAGAGAACGCGGUUCGCGAGGAGAGAAACGUUGCUUUUGCAGCCAAAGUAGAAGCCAUCUCUGCAAUGAAGGCGGCAUACAGCGCCCCUUCUUUUCACUCGUACCGAAGCAACACCUCGUCAGAUUCAGAUGACAGUGACGAGGGGCAGCACAAUAUCAGCACAAGCUCGCACGACAGCCGCGGACGCAAAUCAGAGCACGAGCACGUCAGUUAUGACAAAGCCAAGGCGGCAUUGGAUGCUUACAACUCAUCCAGCUGGGUCCGCCGUUACACGAAUGCAAAGUCAGAGCAGACUAGACGCCAGGAAGGCGUACUGAAGAACAUCUACGGCCGCUUCACUUUGUCUCGAAGCCUUGAUGACCUGCCAAUCAAAAUGCUGCCCAUUGGCAAGGCCGCCCCGCUGGCUCGCUCGACAAUGUAUCGCAUCCGCUUGCAGGUCGAACAAGCUCACUUCCCGAUCGAGCAGUUGCGCGACUUUAUUCACGAGAAGGGUGCAGGUAUGCCCAAGGACACGCCUUACUCCCUUGUAGUGCCUAUGCACAUUAAAUGGGAGAUGGAAGAGUGGCGCGUCAUCCUGCGAGACUAUCCGAUGCCUCUGCUGCAUGUACCUCCAACUCAUCGUCAUGAGACGGAUUCGCGCAAGGCAUGGACGUUCGAGGGUGAUAUUGUCGUUGCCGAGCAGCUGGGCGGACCAGAAUCGAUCAGGCACGUUCCUGCUGUGAUCGUUCCAGCAGCGACCGGACAUCCUGAUGCGAUCGAGUACGGCAUCGUCAUCUCAAAAGUGGCCAUGACGGUCAAGAUGUACGGCACACCGACGGUAAAGUUGCGCACCCCCUUCCCGACCCGACUGGUCUGGGGUCAGUCGAUUCAGCCGACCAUUCAGGACGUGAUGCGUGUCAUUGACGGCAUCACACCUCCGCCGCAUGAUCCCUCGCCAAAGCUCGGAUUCUGGGACAAGCUCCCGCUCAUCCUUCACGGUCACAUCAAUUUCAAGUUCGAGGACGAAGGUGGUUUCAACAUCCACAUGAAGGGUAGCCGCGAUCCGUACAGCAUCGAGGGUCAGGCAGCUGGUUGGGUCAAGUCCUGGAAGGGAGGUGUCGAGCUUCUUAUCGGCUAUGACAAUCCGGAGAGAGAGUUUUUCCAGAUCCUCAGUCACGAGUAUAUCCUGGCCAUUCCAGACCUGUGUGACUACGUGGAUCACGCUGCAGCGGGUGUCUUGGGCGGAACCGAGCGGCAUCAGCAGAAUGAGCAACAGCGUGAUCAUGACGGCGAAGGCAGUUACCACGACUCGUACGAUCGCAAGUCUGCCGACGCGUCCUUCACCUCCAGCAUGCAUCGGUACAUGAAGGAUCCCACUUUCCGCAAGAUUGUCAUCAAGCUGACUAACGGUGUGCGGUGGGGUGCGGGCCUGCAUGGCGAACGCACUUGCGAUGACGAGACAUGUCCACGCCAUCCCAAGUGCAGCGGAGAGCCCUUCUAUCGAGAGUGCCGUAACUUCGAACGCAUCAAUCACUGGGAGGUGGUCCCGAAGACUCGCGAACACUUCGACUCAAUCCCAGAAAGCGAGCGACUUGACUCGUUCCGCGGAUGGAGAUCUCACCACUUGCACUUCUCGCUAUCGGUAUACUCGCCCAAGAAUGGUCUUCAUGGUUAUGGUGGAGGCAAGCACGUCUCGCAUCGUGAUGCUGUCAAUAACUUCUACUUCACGCCGUUGGCAUGGCAGCACUUCUGGGCUUGGAUGCGGCUGUUCAGCAGCGCAAUGUCUUUACCUAUUCGAGCUGGCCGCCUCUUCCCCGAGAGUCCGCCACCGUCGCCCAAAUUUGGCCGCUUCCUUGGUACCAUCAAGUAUAGGAUCGAUCUCGAGCCUCUGUUCAUCACGCACCAAUACCGACAAUUCAGCAAGGAAGACUGGGCCAGAGGCUUGCGCACGCACGUCGGUAUCAAGGCUCGCAUCGACUUUUUCUCUCUCGACAUGCAUCAGAGGCAGCAGGAGACGAUCAAAGAUCGACCUGAGCCCGGCGGACCUCGCAUCGUCUUCCACAAGCCUUUCUAUGAGGCAGAGGUGAAGGCUGAGACCAUCGAACUCAAGACGAUCGCAGCUCGUUGUCGAGAAGACAGCGAGAUGCCUGCUGCCAUGGAAGACCACGAUCUAGGUGAAAAUAUGUUCGACGAUCUCUUUGCUGAGGAUUGUGUCAUUUCUGACGACCAGUUGGUCUGGAUCGACAUGAACGACCUCGUCGAGCUCGACGCACAGCCAAUCAAGGAUCCGAAUCCAAGGAUCCGCAUGUUCCCAGCUCUGGCUUGCCCUCAGUUCCACUACUACCGGAAAGUGGACUCGAAGAGGGAGCGACGCGCUAGAGAGAUGCAAGAUCGUGUGGCCAAGGGCGAAAGUCAUCGCGAAGGCGGCAACGAUAUCGAAGAGCUGCUCAGCCGGCUCGAACGCAGCAAAUUCGGCAACGAGCACAGUCACGUCUGCAUGGUAGGUCACAACGACAAACCCAUCAUCGUGCAACGCAAGCUCGCUCAGGAGAGACUGCGAACCGUCCGUCGAGAGAUCGAUCGGGUCCUUGCCUCGAGCGACGAUGACAGCAUUGCCUCGGAAGGUGACAAUGAAGCAUCAGGAGAUUCUUCAGAGCAGCUCAACGAUCUGCAUAGCCGCGAGCGCAUUCUGGGCGGCUUUAUUGCACAUCUUGGACGCUUAGCGGAACACACGGAGCGUGUCGAGCGGGCAAAUGCCGAGGGAAAGCCUGCACCCAAGCGAUCUGGUACAGUGGAUCGCAACUACGGUUUCAACGCUACUGAUCUUGCCUCGAUGUACCAUGAUCUCGGUACCUUUGACAAUCGCUACGUCGCCCACAACCCGACCCUCUUCUUCAGCAAUGUCACACGCACGCUGUUGCUCAAGUACUACUACAGCUCGCGACUGCGACGUGGGUAUGCGCACCACAUGACGGCUACUGCUGUCCGCUACAUUCGAGAUCUGCUCAAGAAGAAGGACGAGAACGGCCGCGCUGCCAAUGGUGCCGGGCCUCGAUCUCACAGCGACUAUGGACGGACGCCGCAGCACAUGUCGCCGAGCAAUGAGACCACGAAUGGUCUUGACAUCUUGCACGAGAUGCUGGAAGACACUGUCAACCACAUGUCUGGCAAGGAUGGGUAUAGUCGGUCCGGCUGGGGCUGCAAACCUGACGACGACCGGGCAGAUGGUUUGGAGACAGAGAUGCGUCCAGAAGACGGCAUCUCGGACUACUUCAAUGUGGCCAAGAGCAACGUCUGUCUGCUUCUCAAGCCUCAAGUGGUGCUGCGCAGCGAUGUGGAUGAUAAGUCCACCGUUAUUGUCACUGCUCUCCGCACACGCCUGCAGAACUACACGGUCGAGGAUGAGAGCUGUGCAGAAGACUCAGUCAAUGCCAUCGUGCUACGACGUAACUUCUUCGCCCUCGACAGUCUACAAUGCUACCACCCAAGCGCCAACGUUCUCAGCAACGCCCUCAAACAUCGUCUCGUCUCUCUACCACUUGAAGCUUUCGUCGACAUGCACGGUCACACAAGCAACUUUGAGCGCAUCGUGCCGCACACCAAUGCCACGAUGUACUACGAUAAGUUUAACAAGCUUCGUCUCUCGGACUCGUCUCGAUCCGUCGCUACGUUCCGCAAGGAUGGUAAGCCGGUGCAAGAUCAUCUUCACCAUCACAUGGACAUGAUUGUGCUCAACUGCCCAAGGUUCUCGGUGUCGGCAAAUGGCGAGCAUUUCGCUGCGCUGUACAACGUUGUCACCGACUUGAUUCUGUAUCGCGAUCCAGUGCACAGAGAUCACGCGAAGCGACUAGAGGAGAUGAUGUUCAGCUACGACUUUACGGAUGUUUCUGGGCUGGCCGAUAUCGUUACUGCUCUGCAAGUGCGGAUCAGGGAGGCAGCGUCGCUCGUCGAGCAGUAUCAAGCUGUAUCGGAUCGACUCAAUGACCGAGGUCGAGCUGACUACAUCGCAUUGCUUGGCGAAACACUGGAGCUGAUCGAAGAGCUCAAUCUGAUCAUGGACGCUAUCACCACUUCACAAGACAGCAAGGGUGGUGCGGACCGCGAGAAGAAGUCAGCACUGCGCUUCAUGGCGCAAGCCCAGGAAGUGGCAUGGAACAUGAUCGGUGAUGAGGCUGGUCAACUUGUCGCCAAGCUAGCGCUGCGAGGCAUCAGCUUCUCUUGGCUCAACAAAGCAGACAACUCCGCCGCGAACACUCUUUCGAUUCAGGACCUGCAGGCUCUCAGCGUCGAUCCGAACGCCAUGUUCGCAGAGAUCAUUACCAAGCAUACUCGUGCAGUGGACCAUCCGAUGGCCAAGGAAGGUCGAUUCUUGGAUGCAAUGUGGAGUGUCCUGCCUCCCGUCGGAGGUAUUUCGAUCGUUGAUAUGUUCGAGUUCAAUCUGCACCCGGUCAAGAUCCAGAUCGAGCUUAUGGUUGGUCGCAAGAUCAUGGACUACAUUUUCGGUACUAAGCGACAGAGGGAGAAGCAGGAGGAAGAGCAGAAGAGGUUAGAGAUGGAGAUCAGUAGACCCGAGAAUGCGGUGACGAAGAAGUCUCCGUUUGCCAGAUUGCUAGGAAGGCAGAAGCAUCUGUUGCCCACCUCUGCCUCAGUUUUGGGCGCGGCCUCUUCGCAAACUUCACGCAGGCCAAGUACGAACGAGAGCUCGUUGAAUGUUUCCAAUGCGAAUUUGCGGUCGAGAAGCGCUUCUUCGACUGAUCUGCUGUCCGUUGGUAGACCAUCGUCAGGUGGGUCAAGGGAUGAUGGUGAUGCAGACAGUGUUUCCGAGCGUGCUUCUACCAAGGCUACCUCUGCGAGAACCGCACCUGCUACCGCAAAGACCUCCCCCAAAUCUCGACCUGGCACUCCAGGCAGUAACAGCGCGAAAGACAACUCCAAUGGCAGGAACGACCCCAAUCAUCGGGCAGGUGUCCAAUUUGCUAUCGCCCAACGCAACGCAGCAGAAAUGCGGUCCCGCGCCUCAGCCUAUCGAACUUUCGUCUACGUCAAGAUCUCCGAAACCAUCUUCUGUCUCUCCUACAAGGGCGAGAAAGAGAAGUCGUUUACUGAUCUCUACGACCUCGAGUUCCGUACACCCAAGUUCGAGUAUCACAACAGUACUUUUGGGUACGUCGACUUGGCGGAUAGCUUCAAGAAGGAUGUGUUUAGGGCAGCUUGGAAUCAGAAGAGUACCUUGCUGAAAGACAUCAUCACUCACAGGCCAAAUAGAAAGAGGAAUGCGAUCGAGAGCAUCAGGGCGAUUCGGCAGGCGAGUAGGGUGAGAGGAGAUUUGGCGGUGGAUGUGAUGAUGGGACAGGGCAAGGGGGAGGAUAUGGGUGCAGAUAGGAGCAGCUUCGGUGAUGGCGAUAGUAGAAGUUCGGUGCUUGUCCAGAGUCCGACUGAUGGUGGUGAGGAUGAGGAUGAUGGCGUAGGGUUUGGUGAGGAGAAUUCGGUGAUGACCGGGGAGCAAAGGGGUAGUGCGAGCGAUGAUGAGGCUGGAGAGGCUGAACAAGAAGGCGCAAAGUAUGGUCACGAGCGCAGUGGAACAGGUCAGACUCUAGCCGGUCAGAUCAGAGACGCUUGGGGACGAGAAAACGAGAUCGCUUCCUUCAAAGUCGGUGUUGAUGACAGCUCCACCCCAAGUUCCACUUCGAAUUCGACUCCAGCUCGACACUUCACAAGCGAAGUCGAAGAUCUCCUCUCCAACAACACCCAUUCCACCCCUCAACAGCCUCACCAUCAUCGACGAGACACUCUCACACUCGAAAGCCUCCGUCGCUUCCCCACCUCCUUCAUCUCCCGCUCUCUCCACAACCCCAACGAAGAUUCGCCCUCAACCGAACGCUCCGAUUCAGUAACACUGCACUCUACCACCUCAGGUCAUUCCUCUCCCUACCUUCAACUCCCACCCUCGACACCUUCGCCAAUGGGGACGAUAAAAAGAGGCAGUGGAAGUCGAUCGCCAAGCUUUAAUCUCAAUAAGCUCAUUCCGAAACCGUUCAGAGGCAGAACAGGAUCGAAUGCGACGAAUGGUGGAGCAAGGAGAGCGAGUCUUGGUGCGAACGGGAAUGGGAAUGGGAGCAUCGUGGAAAGAACGAACAGCGGUGAUGGUAUGGGAGCGGUAACGACAAGGUCUGAGAAUAGUGAUUUUUCGGGUAGUACGAGUAGUCAUCACUAG